AUGAGAGAAGAAGAGACAGAGGCGUGGAGGUACUUUAGAAGAGAUGUUGUGCCGUUUGCUGCCAUGUUUGCAGUGGAGUGUGCAACGGUUGGGUCAAGCACACUGUACAAGGCUGCUACCUUAAGAGGAUUGAACUUCUAUGUCUUUAUCUUCUACACUUAUGUUAUUUCUACACUAAUACUUCUUCCACUUUCCAUCAUCUUUGGAAGGUCAAGAAGAUUGCCUGCAGUCAAGUCUCCUCUCUUCUUCAAGUUUCUCUUACUUGGGCUUGUCGGGUUCAUGGCAGUGAUGGCUGGUUGCAAAGGAAUAGAAUAUAGUUCUCCUACUGUUUCCUCUGCUAUCAGCAACCUCACACCAGCUUUUACCUUCACCCUCGCAAUUAUCUUCAGGAUGGAAAAUGUAAGGUUAAGGAAUUCCGCGACUCAGGCUAAAAUCAUUGGCGCAAUAAUAUCUAUUUCUGGUGCUCUGGUUGUUGUGCUCUAUAAAGGCCCCACACUCUUGGCUGCUUCGCUUCACAAGCAAUUGACUUCAUUCGAGUCCAGGUGGAUAAUCGGUGGCCUUUUGAUUGCUUUACAGUACUUUCUUGCAUCAGUCUGGUAUAUUCUCCAGACUCGAAUCAUGCAGAUAUACCCUGAAGAGAUAACUGUUAUCUUCUUAUACAAUCUAUGCGUAACACUAAUCUCAGCACCAGUAUGUUUGUUGGGGGAAAGCAACUUCACUUCUUGGAUGCUUAAACCGGAUAUUUCACUCGCUGCAAUAAUGUACUCGGGAGUUUUCGUUUCGCUAUUCAGCGGGCUUACCCACACAUGGGGUUUGCAUCUGAAGGGUCCUGUAUACAUAUCCUUUUUCAGGCCAUUGUCUAUUGUUAUUGUAGUAGCCAUGGGUGCUAUAUUCCUUGGCGAUGCACUUCACCUCGGGAGUGUGAUUGGAUCAGUGAUAUUGUGCAUUGGAUUCUACACGUUGAUUUGGGGAAAAGCAAGAGAGGAUACAACCAAAACUGCAGUUGGCUCUGAGCAUUAUUCACCUUUGCUGCUUACACACAUUGUAGAAGAUGAAGCCUUGUCAAUAAGAUAG